GCUGUGAAAUCGCGCUGAUGGUCUGUCACAUUAUUUCUCACUGACACCGACUGAGCGAAGGAACAACACGCCAAAAUAUCAGCUCAAAAAACACUUCGUAACACGCAACUUCGCUCAGCUCCGGCGUGUCUGUAAGUGUUUUCUGGCGUGGGAUCGGAAAGAGGGAAUAAUAUAAUACGCCGAAAGGAAAUGCCAAUCGCCACUACUGGUCAUUCAGCGUCUCGAGAGCCCUGCGUCUGUUCCCCGGACCCCGUCCCCAAGCGAGCUGAUUUAUGCGAUCACGCCGGGGCCCGGCCAGCGGAAUACGGGGGUCCGGAAGGGGGGCACAACCUGGGCGGCGCUAGACUCUCCGGAGCGCUUGAGAGCUCGUCUGCGGCGUCUCUUUCCCCACCCACGUCUCCUUUCCACCACCAUCAUCACCAUCACCCCCACCCGGUAACCAUGGAGCCCCCCAGGACUCGAUCGCGAUCACGGUCUGGAUAUUACCACGGUGGGUUAUCUAACACGAACACUAACGCUGGGAGCGGCGGUGGUGCUCUGAGUCCCGCUGGAGGAAUAAACCACCACCACCUCUACCAUCACCAACAACAGCAGCAGCAGCAGCAGCACGGAGCUGCUUACGGGCACACGGAUAAUCUGCGCCCGACCGGGAGCGUGCUCUCCCCAGGCAGUCACAGACACGCGGGGCCUGGAACGCACAGAAACUCCGGAGCAGGUGCAAUGGGAGGACUAUACCACUAUCAUCCAGAACUCGCUUGCGCAGAAGCCACUGACAAGGCAGAUGACUCUCCCAGUCCAAAGAGACAGCGUCUUUCCCAGCAGUCUGUACUGGAGUUUACCUCGGCCCCUCCUUCCACACCCUCUCCACCAAUCAGACCAUGGGAGCUUCCACCCAGUCGCAGGCCACACCCUUAUCCCCACCCACACUACCACCAGGAGCGCUGCCACACACCUGCUCGGCACAGACGCAGUCCACCGGUGAGGCGUCAGCGCGGCAGACGAGAGCGUUUAUCUCGGCACCACCCCCCUCACGGUUCCCCCGGUGGGGGGCAAGACGAAAACUAUCGUCACCCGCCUCACCUGCAUUCUCUUCAUCAUUACGGCCAGCCGCCAUCUCACCCUCCGCCCGGCCUCGAUGAGCCCAGGGCCUUCCAUCCCCCUACACUCUCGCCUCGGCUAUUGCACCCGCCGCAGCAGGGCACUAUGGUGAUGGACCUCCAUGAACAGCUCCCUCAGGGUACAGUACCGGUAUCAUAUACAGUAUCUCCAGUCCCGCCCCACGGUCUGCCACCACCUCUCUGUACGGGACAACAUCUCCCAGCGUGCUCCUCUCAGCAGCAGGUGCCUGCCUGUUCUGUGGUGUUCAGCGGACAACAACACUAUCCAAUUUGUAGUGUACCACCUCCGAUGUUGCCGGCAUGUUCUGUGCAACAUUUGCCCUUGCCGUACGCGUUUCCCUCUCUUCUCUCCAGCGAACCACCCUUCCUCCUCCAUCCUCCUCAUCUCUCGCAUCAUCCGCCCCACCUCCCCCCACCUGGACAGUUCUUACCCUUCCAGACGCAACAGUCCCGAUCUCCGCUGCAGAGGAUAGAGAAUGAAGUGGAGUUGUUAGGGGAUCACCUGUCUCUAGGUGGAGGGUUUAACUACCCUCACUCAGGCCAUCCCAGCCCUCUGCCCCCUUCCACCCCACUGCAAUUCCUCUCUCACGACCCCCUGCCGCAGGAGCUCUUCGGAGUGCCGUACCCUCACUUCAUGCCUCGACGAAUCACGGGCCGUCGCUACCGCUCUCAGCAGACCAUGCCUCCACCACCUUACCACCCAAGUCUGCUGCCCUACUUCCUAUCUGUUCUUCCAGUCCAGCCAACAGCAGUGGGUCCAACCAUUAGCUUAGAGUUGGAUGUAGAUGAUGGAGAGGUCGAGAAUUACGAGGCUUUGUUAAACCUUGCCGAGCGCCUUGGAGAAGCAAAGCCUAGAGGUUUGACCAAAGCCGAUAUCGAACAGCUGCCUUCCUACAGAUUCAACCCCAGCAACCAUCAGUCCGAGCAGACUCUGUGUGUGGUGUGCAUGUGCGAUUUUGAGUCUCGUCAGCUGUUAAGAGUACUGCCCUGUAAUCACGAAUUCCAUGCCAAGUGUGUAGAUAAGUGGCUUAAGGCCAACAGAACUUGUCCUAUAUGCCGAGCAGAUGCCUCUGAGGUCCAGCGGGAUUCCGAGUGACACCGUUCACAGAACACACGCACACACACACCACUAAACACUUAGCUCAUUCUCCUACUGUUACAUUCUGUUAACUUCCACAUGCAUAAUUACUACUCGCACAAAUACUGCUGCAAAAGAUUCAUGAACGUGUAUCCAUUUUUUUUUUUUAAAUUAUAGGACAACUGAGACAUGUCUUUUUGUUUGAUCACUAAUUUUUUUGUGUGGAAGUCCAAAGAUUUCGGUUUGUUAUUCUGGUUCUGAUAUUGUUUAUAUAUAUAUAUAUAUAUAUAUUAUUAGUUUAGUUCUACCCUUUGUGGGUGGGGGUGGGUGGGUUGCGUCUCGUUUGAGUGCGUGUGUAUGCGUGUAUGUGCACUAACAUUCCCAGCUAUGUGAGCACACUUUGGUGCGGUGGUCUUUACGAUGGUUAACGUUGUGAGCAUGGACUUUUAUAUUUUACCGACAAAUAUAGCUAUAUAUAAAUAUGUAUGUAUGUAUCGAUAUAGAGGGACAAAUUACCACAAUUAAAAAAAAACUGAAAAAAUUAUGAAAGUCUCCCCGUCCACAAAAAUGAAAAAAGGUGUAAAAGAUUCAUAUAUCUGUAUGUGAAGAGGGGCUUUUGGGUCAAUUAUGAUUUAGCAGUCUUUAGAGAAUUGGAAUACUGUGAGGUGUGCGUGCUUUUUGUGUGAACGAGAGUGUGCGUGUGAGUGUUAGAGAAUUGUGUGUUAUUUAUCCCAUGUGUGGUACAGAACACUGGCUUGUCGCUCUCACUUUUAUUCUCGUCUGUGAUUGGCUGAGGAUGCGCACUGACAUGACAUGUGAUUGGUUAGGGGGGCAGUGAAAGGUUUUGGAUGGUUUUCCUCUAUCCAUCCACUCAGUUUAUCCUUUUAUAGCCGUUUUCUUUUCUGCCUUGUUUUCCCAUUUUUUUGCAUUUGAAAGUUGUUGCUCUUGCUUCUCUGUGGAGUUCUUUCGCCCUUUUCUUUUGUACACCAGCGUCAUUUAUCAGCAUUGGGUGAUUCCUAAAUACAGAUUAAAGCUCUGUCUUAGUCUAAGCCAUAUAUCAUUUUAAAAAGACGAUUUCGUAUUCAGGCCAAGCUGAAGUUUUAUCUUUGCCUUGCAAACAAGUCCUAUGUCUUUAACCUUGUGGCAACGUCCACAUAGCACAAGCAGAAUUAUUCUUUAGUUUUUAUUUGGGUAAUUGUUUGACUGUGUACCCAAUUUGGAGAUGUUUGUGUACUUUGUAAAAAAGAAUACUGAGUUUAUAUUCUAGCGUUUCAGUUUCUUCGUAAAAGAGGGACACAAAGGGUCAGUGGGACAAUAAGGCGAUACACAAACGCACCCCAAAAGCCUGCUUAGUUCUGGUGUUUAAAUAUUCCUGGUUCUUGUUCUGUCAGUCAUUAGUUUACAUUUCAUUAUUCGUUGCUCUCACUGCCCUCUCUAUACAUUGAGCUUUUCGCCUUCCAGCGCAUCCACUCAUACAGCCUCCAUAAAGCCGUUAUAACCAUUCUCAGCCACGUGCGUUACUUUAUAAUGAUUGACCGAGAUGCUCGUCAUGACCUAGAGGGGUGUGUGUGUGCGCGUCCGAGAAUGUGUGUGUGUGAUGGUUUAUAUCAUGCAUUGCUAUCAUUAUGAAUGGAUAUAACUGCCACUGUGUCACGUUACGUAGGCUCUGCGACUGGUGUAGAAAGUGUCAUAAGAGUCGUGUGCUGUUGUCUCGGAGCCUGCAGUGUCUUAAUGAGAGAUGCCUUUAAAACAUUCUCCAGUGUUGUCUGCUUAUAGUGUCAUAGAGUCGAAUUCACGACAACCGCAAAAUUAUGAUUUCUCGAUUCUUCGCGAAACAAACGUGCAUUACCUUACUUAACCAUUGUCAUGUUGUGUUAUAGGAGUUUAUUUUUUCCCUGCUUGGUACAAUAGCAGUUACCUCAGUUUUACUAUUUAUGUUUUUUCCCCAUUCUUUUUUGCAAAACCAGUAAGAGAGCUCAUGAGUUCUUAUGCUUUUUGUUUAUUGGUUGUUUUAAUUCUUACCAUUAAAAAAAAUACAAUUGUAUCAUUUAACAUGUUGUAGUUCAUAUGUAUAUCUGUAACCAAAAUCAUUUGAAGGCUUGAUAUAAAAAUUUUUAACAAACCUUUGUACAUUUUUUAUGAGAGAUGUUACUAGUAGUGCUUUACUAAGUAGUGCAGAUUAUUAUUUUUUCUUGUCUCUUGACCCCUAUUCCCAGUCGUUUGGAUUUCAAAGGGUGACUCCGUAAUAAAUGUAUAAUGGUCUCU